CGAGGAGCGGCGCGACGGCGCGACGGCUGGCGGCAGGUAAUGCAGCAGCACACGCAGCAGCGACGGCUUGGCCGUGGGAGGAGCGGCCGGCACGGGCGCGGCCGAGGCAGGCAGAGCAAAGACGGCGUCGACGCGGAGGGGGCUUCCGAGACGGACGUCGGACUGUGGAACUGCGAAGCGUGCACGUAUUUCAACGCGGCAUGGCGACGGCGGUGCGAGAUGUGUGGCACCGCAGCCCGCAGUGGGAACGGCGGCGGCACUGGCGGCGGCGGCACUGGCGGCGGCGGCACUGGCGGCGGCGGCGGUGGCAACGCUCGGAACCUGAGGCGGGCGCAGCGGGAGGCGGGAGCCGCGCUGCUGGCGUUCACCCACGCGCCUCGAGAGGCGGCGCCCGCUCGGACGCCUGCGCGGCGCGCCGCCGCCAAGCUGCCGCGCCCCGUCGCCAAGAUGCGCUUCCUGAGGGCGCACUACCACCUGCUCUGCCCCGUGGCGAGCGGCGAGGCACGUGCGUCGGUCGGCUGGGAGGACUGCAGGGCGGCGAGGCUGAGCACCUCCGAGGAGGUGCAGUGCCCGAUCUGCCUCGUCGCGCCGGCAGCUGCGCCGCAGGUUGCCUCCUGCGGCCACAUCCUCUGCCUGCCUUGUGCGCUGCGGCUCCACGCCGCCGCCGUCGACGAGGAGCGCGUCUGCAAGUGCCCCGUCUGCGCCGACGCCCUCCACGUUUCGGAGCUGCGCACCGUGCUGCUGCUCCCUGUCGGCGAGGUGAGGGCGGGAGGCGUCGCCACUUUCCGACGGCUCCCGCUGCCAGCGCCGCGCCGCCGCGGCGGGCCGGCGCCACCCAAGGUCUACGCCGAUGUGUCUUCGGUGCCAGCCCUCGUGGGCGGCACGGUGUC